AUGUCGAGCAAGCCAGUGAUCAACGACGGCCUCUCCGAGUACAUCACCACUACGCUGUUUGGGAUCGCCUCCUGCUCCAAGGCCUUCUCCGCGUUUGCAUCAUGUAUCCUGAUGUCUGACUACUCUUCCUCUCCACCCCCAUCCUAUGCACCUCUCCCGCAAAGCGUCGAGACGUUCGACUGGCACACACCCGUCAAGUCGCUCUACCCCGAGUUUGAGCUACAAGACAAGUUCGCAGAGACGGAGAUGCAGAUGUGGGAUCUUGUAGCGCACACGUGCGGGUUACCCACACACGAUUUGGCGUAUGGGUACGAGGAAAGGGAUAAGGUGCUUGAGAGACUCAAAUGGAUGAAGCCGAAUCGUGGGCUGAGCGAGGAGUGGCAGUAUAACAACAUGAUGUUCAUGGUAAAUGCGCGGAUCAUUGAGAACCUCUCGGGCAUGCGAUAUACCGACUUUGUAACCGAACGCAUCCUCAAACCUCUCAAGAUGGAUCAUUCCACGUACUGGCCGAGUGAGGCCGCCAAACUGGGAGCCUUCAGCCAGGCUUUCUGCUGGGUGCCGGGCGUGGAUGGCGAGACGAACUGGAUCAAAUGCCUCCUCUCUGGAGGUAUGAACCCGCACACGGGCGAGCGCUUGUGCAGCGCGGGAUUCUUCAAGCACCUCACUACCGCCCGAGUGGUGGGCGGCUUUUCCCUCGCCAACAAUCCGCGUUGGCCAGAAACAAGUGCAACGCUCUACUCAGCCGGCCUCUUCACCCAUCACUAUCAAGGACAUCAGGUCUUCUCCCACACGGGCGGCACCCCGCGUGUGUCGUCGUACCAGGUUUUCUGUCCGAAUGAUAAUCUGGGUAUCGUUCUCCUCUCCAACCUGGGAAGCAGGCAAAACGUGCUUCUCGCGGCGGUACAUAGGAUCAUGGAGGACGUUCUCUCUCUUCCGCACAUUGACUGGCCCUCUCGCUUGAGGAGCGACGUACAGCACCCAUCUUUCGCCGCGAAGCAGCGUGCAACCACCCACAAGCGGGCUGAGGGUGUUCAACUCCCUCUGCCACUAGAAUCAUACACAGGGAAAUACACCUCCCCUUCCUACGGUAACUUGACCUUCUAUUCCACCGAGUCCCGGCCUUCCGAGGAAAGGGACGCCAUCCUUUCCGCUUUUUCAGCAGUGGACAAUUCCCCCUCCGCCCCUCCCCUCCUUGCGCCCGACGUUCCCCAGCUCUACGCGCGCUUCCCAAGGAUCUGGGGCUCUCACCUCCGUCUCCAACACUCUGAAGGCCCUCUGUGGCAAGCGCGACUCGAAGCUCUCUACCCACAUGGCUUUGGCAAGGACCGGAGCCCGUUUGUCAGAGCAGCGGAUGUGCUCGAAGCCGAGUUUGAGGUGGAAGGUGGGAAGGUGAGGAGGAUGUGGAUCAUUCGAUAUUCGUUGGCCCAACCAGUGAGGAAAGGGGAUUACGAGAAGGCGAAACAGUGGUUUGAGAAGGUUGAUUAA